AAAAUGCCGGGGGUCCCCACCAGUAGAGCAUGCGACAGUUGUCGGAAAGCAAAGAAGAAGUGUGAUGAACUUCAGCCCUGCACCCGAUGUGUCAGGCGUCAGCUACAGUGUAUAGGAAGUGGCUUGCGGCGUUACAAAUUCCAAUCUGCUGAGUUCCCACAGGGAACAUCUGCAGUCGUACCCACAAAACAGGGGCCGAAGCUUCACAUUGCGCAGGUACCCAGCGAUACUCUCACCACAUGGUUUGUCAAUACGUUGGAGAUUCAGGAUGUGCGCUAUGAUAUCACAUACUAUGGACCGUUUCUCCGAGAUCUACCCCGACGAUUCGGGUCUAGUCCGGUUUUAGAUGCUGCUGCGACGGCACUGGUCUCUUCGUAUCCUUAUUUCCAGAAACAAGAUGUCCCACCUGCUGUUCUGGUCAAAUUUGGAAAGGCAUUGAAAGCGCUCAGAGAGUGUUUGAAAGAUCCUAUUAGUGCUCGAUCUCCUAAUACGCUUUGUGCGAUUUAUCUCAUCUCUAUCUGCCAGAGCUGGAUUGGGACCUCACAAAAGCAGCGAUCUGGCCAUGCAGAAGCUAUUACGCAUAUUCUCAGAAUUGUAGAUCUAAAUGAAUAUCGAAGUGAAUUCGCACGAAAUCUACUGGUCACUUUAUGUGCUCCUGUGAUUCUGGAGGGCAUGCGAAAUCCUCGAAUUCGAAUGGAUAAGCAGAUCUGGGACCAAAUAAUAAGUUUUUUCUGCCAAAAUCCGUCUUCACCAGAGCACAGCAGCAUCCCCCGACCAACCACAAGUCUGUUCUCCAUUGCGAUGUUCCCCGAGUACAUCCACAACCCCUCUCCAUAUCUCCCCGAAAUUACCCAAGCCUAUUCUCAACUGAAGAUUGAUGUUCAAACCAUGCAUGCAUUCCAAAAUGGCGGCUUCUUAUCCUCAUUAUCAACAGUUCACCAGUCUCGGUACCUAGCAGCAUAUACCGUGAUCUCCUCCCUGACUCUCACGUUGAACAAUAUCCUCCAUGCAUUUAAUCCAUUUGACACCUUACUUGCCAAUGACUCGGGCUUCUUUGUUCAACAAAUAAUCGAGGGAGCUGAUUUCGCCUCCCGCGACCGUCCACUUGGUGCCGCCUAUGUUCCCUUGUGUCUCAUUGUUGCUUUGGCUGCGGCAAAAGAUCCCGAGCAGGUGACGCGUAUCGAAACUACAUUGACGGAUUAUCAAUCUGACUUCAAAGCACUGGAAUGGCGGAAGUGUGUCAGGUGGCUCAAGACACUGCUGGAAAAUCUUCAUUUGCACAGAGGCCUCACCGAAGCCGGCUUUGAUGUGGAUACUUCUGAGUUAGGGGUUCCCGGGGGAUGUGCUAUGAUGUGA